AUGGUUUGGACAAUUUACAGUUUAGUCAAGUCAAUUACACAACUUGGUCUUGGUGUCAGUGCGGUAGCGUUAGCUGCAUUAUACUACUAUCAAAGCUCACUAAUUUACCCUGCUUCGCUUAAUGAUGGACAUGGUUAUUGCGCUACUCCGGAUGAGUACGACAUUCCGUUCGAACAAGUAUCUCUAACUACUGAAGAUGGGGAGACGUUACAAUGCUACUCGAUGAAACAGGACCAAAAGGAUCCAGACUACAAGAACAAGACCGUGCUUCUUUUGGCACCAAAUGCUGGAAAUAUCGGCCAUGCGUUACCUAUAGCUGCAAUUUUCUACAAGAGUUUCGGUUACAAUGCAUUCAUAUAUAGUUAUCGUGGAUACGGUAAAUCUACCGGCGUACCAAGUGAAGUAGGAUUGAAACGAGAUGCUGAUAGAGUAAUGGAAUACCUUUCUCGAGAAGACGCACAAUACCAAGAGUCGUCAAUUGUGCUCUAUGGAAGAUCAUUGGGAGGCGCUGUUGGUGUCUAUAUUGCUGCGACAAAGUCAUCGUGCGUGCAUGCCAUAAUAUUGGAAAAUACAUUUUUAUCAAUACGGAAAACAGUUCCACACAUUUUCCCGCUUUUGAAAUUUGUUACUGGAUUUGUACAUCAAAAGUGGGAUCUGGAGUCGUUGGUGCCUUUGAUUCCCAGCAAAAUACCGGUACUUUUGUUGAGCGCAAGAAGAGACGAAAUAGUCCCACCUUUGCACAUGGACACUAUCUAUGACUUGUUACAAAGCGAGAGCAAAGAAAUCAAGACUUUUGAAAAUAGUUACCACAAUGACACUGUUUUACAGGAGGGAUACUGGGAUAAAAUACAUGCAUUCAUCAAAGACAAAGUAAAUCCUGUUGGACUUUAA